GACAAGAGCUGUGUCCUCACUCAGGAUAAUGAAGAGAGAAAGAGGAUGAUGUUACGUCUCAAGCUGAAAUAAACACAGCGUCCAUACAGUCCCAAGCGGUAGGGACAGCAUUCCAAGGUGAUUUAAAGCAGGACAUAGAAAAAAACAACAUGGCCUCCAAACCAUCACAAGAUCAUCACUGUCCCCAAAAUACUGGCUCAUCACAACAAUUUCAAGUGGGUGAGCUUCCAGUAAUUACCAAAAGAAAUGGAUGCACAGAGAAGACCAACACAUCAAUAGUCCACAAUAAUGAAUGUGAAGAAAUGACCAGGAUGGCCCCCAAAACUACUCAGAAGAAAACCCAAGCUGAAGGCCAUUUAUUUAAUAUAAAAAUGGAAUCCUCACAAGCAGAAUUAUUUAAAGAAAACUCCAGCGCAACACUUGAACCAGUGGGCAGCCAUCCAGAAACUGAAGUGGCACCUAAAUCAUCCAUUUGUAACAUCCUAUCCUCCAGUGAAUCAACAGUCAAUGUUGUGCUGUUUGGAAACAGCUCUGCAGUCUGCUUUGGAGACGAGAACAUCUUAUUAGGAAAAGAGCAUGUUCAUCCAGAGCAGGACAAGUUCCCCAGAAGAAGAGAAAUAUCAGGACGUGAUGUUUCAGUGAUUAAUAUACUUGACUUGUAUGAAGGUGAAAUGUACCUUAACCCAGUGGAGUACAUCACCGGUCAGCUACUCAAUGAAAAUAACAUCCAUUCUUUCAUCUUUGUUCUGCAACAGAGGCGUUUUACAGAUGCUGAUAAGCGAGGAAUAGAAUGGCUACAAAAAACAUUUGGUGAAAGUGUGCUGCCUUUUGUGAUGAUUCUCUUCACUUAUGAAAGUGAGGAGGACAGUGACACCAUCAUAGACGACCUGAAGAAAAAUCCUGUUCUAGAGCAGCUGCUUCAGAAGUGUGGAGACAGAUACCACACCUGCAGCAAGAGCAUGAACAACCAAUCAGAGAUGAAAACACUGCUGGAGAAGAUUGACCACAUGGUUUCUGAGAACAACCAGCGCUGCUACACUGCAGAGAUAUAUAAUACAACGUCAACACAAAAGGGACAGCUACAAGACAGCAAGACUCAGCAAACUGAAGAUGAAGCUGCAGGUGCAAAUCUAACUGUAGAUAACUCCAGCGAAGCAAAGACUGAAGAGCAAACCAAAAUAAUAGAAGGGGACAAGGAGGAAAAUCCAGAGCAUGGAACAGCAGAAGACAGAUCACAGCAAUUUGAAGAAAAACAGAAAACAGAGCUAUUCAUUAAACUUAAUCUUACAGGAAAAUUAGAACAAAAAAUUAAAAUGGCAGAUGUUCUCCAAAUAACUAAACCCUCUUCAGAGAAUGAUUUAGUUCACACUUUUCUACAAAGACUGCUGCUGAUGAACUACACAGCAAGAUGUGGAGAAGGCAGUAAAAUCAAUCAAACACACUCAGACGGGAAGAUUAAUCAAACUCACCCAGUUGCUGAAAAUGCUGAUGAGAAUGAUGUUUAUAAUGAUAUCUUUACAUUGGAAAAUAUAGAAGCAGUCCAGAUCAGUCUUGUUCAUCCUAUGGAUGUUCAGAUGGCUCUGUUCCACUGCUCAGAUCAUUUCCUAAGGCAGUUGAUGGUCACAAAACUAUCACAGUGUCAAUACGCAGUUCCUUUACUGGUCCCUAAUCCCUUUACCAGAGAGAUUGAGUUCCCGCUGUGGACGUUUCGCCAAAUCAAGAAAAGCUGGAAAACCACUGAUAAAAUAUCCAAUGUCAUUAGCAAAGAAAAAACUACAGUUACUACAGACGAUGAAGGUUUAACCAAAAUCACAUGCAAUGAAAAGGCUAUUGCCACUGCAGACACUCCAAUGGUGGCAUUCUUCAGGCUUGGUGAUGUGUCAUCAUCAAAAUCUCAGCUGAUAGACAGUGUAAUCAAUAAAAAACACAGUACAUUCUUCCAUCGGCACUGCCCUGGCAGUAACACAAACCGUCUACUGAUGGAUGGUGUGGUGGAGAUUGGCUGGUAUCUUCCAUCAGGGAAAAGUAUGGAUCACUUCACCGAUUGUGUGGCAUUCUGUAAUCUGCAUGGUGAUGCAGGAGCCCAGCAAUUGGAGAAGCAAUUGGAGAUUCUGAGUGAAAUGUCAUCUGUGAAUGUUGUAUUUCUACCCAAUCUUAAUAAAAAUGACAAAAGAAUGGCAAAGUUGCAGAAGCUCUAUAAGCUCUCCAAACCAAUGAUUUGUCUGCUUUCUGAGGAAUCUUCCCAUGUCACUCAGACGAAGGCUGGGAAAUACAGAAUUGGUCUUAAAGACAGAAAUCAGUCAGACAUAUCUGGAGAACUUACAACAACAAUUAGAGAACUCAUCUCUAAACCUUCAGUUACUUUCAAACUUGAAAAUGUAGCAAAACACUCAGGGAUCCAAAUGGAUGAGGAACUUGAGGACUGCAAAAAAGGAAGAGAAGCAGCAAAGCACCUUACAAACUUACUAGAAGGAAAAGACUUAUCCAGAAACAAAGAAAUACACCUUCCCUGUCAAGGACGACUGUGGAAAAAAUGGUGUCAAAUGAAUAAAGAACUGCACAAACCACAAGGCUACAACAUAGAGCUCAAACAGAGUAAAACACAAAUGGAAAUGAAGAAAUUGCGUGAGCAGCAGAAAGCAUGUCGCCUCAGAGAAUUCAUGAAGAUGUUUAUAGAAAAACUGAAUUCACAAACUACUGAUGAGAUGGUGUUUGUUCUUAAAUGGAUCACAAUUUUUUUGGACAACUGCACUGCAAAUAUAUCAUCCUUUCAUAAUGAGUAUUAUGAAAAGUGAUCAAAGAUCUUGAACCUGAAAAAAAGUCAUGACAAAUCUGGGCAACUGGAGACAGAACAGGCAGAACUGGAGAAGAUUUCAGAAAAAAUUAAUGCUGCAUCCUUUGGUUUGGAGCACAUCUUGAGAGAGAUUGGUCAGAUAUAUGAAUCAAAUACAUGUGUACAAAAAAAUAAAAAAGAAAUAGGAAAAUUUAAUGUAUCUUCCUUACCAAGGCUUGUAGCAGACUUGAUGAUAUCUGGAUUUCCACUGGAGCUGAUGGAUGGAGAUACAGCUCAUGUUCCUCAAAUAUGGGUUUCUGCUGUUCUCGAUGAAGUCAGAAAUAAACUGGGAGAUCAGAGAGUUUUUGUCCUGUCAGUUCUAGGAAUUCAGAGCUCUGGGAAAUCUACCAUGCUCAAUGCUAUGUUUGGACUCCAGUUUUCAGUCAGUGCUGGAAGAUGCACAAGAGGAGCCUUCAUGCAGCUGGUCAAAGUGUCAGAAGAAAUGAAGGAAGAAUUGAAGUUUGAUUACAUUCUGGUUAUUGACACAGAGGGGCUUCGUGCUCCUGAACUGGCUGGAAUGUCAACAAGACAUCAUGAUAAUGAAUUGGCAACAUUUGUCUUAGGACUUGGAAACAUGACAUUGAUCAACAUAUUUGGAGAAAAUCCAACAGAGAUGGAAGACAUCCUUCAGAUUGUUGUUCAGGCCUUCCUGAGGAUGAAGAAGGUCAGACUAAAUCCCAGCUGCAUGUUUGUGCAUCAGAAUGUUGGAGACAUCACAGCUGGGGAGAAAAACAUGGAAGGAAGGAGACGUUUGCAGGAGAAACUGGAUGAAAUGACAAAGCUGGCAGCUAAAGAAGAAGAAUGUGAUGCAGAAUGUUUCAGUGAUAUCAUUACAUUUGACGUGCAGAGUGAUGUGAGGUACUUUGCACAGCUCUGGGAGGGCAGCCCACCCAUGGCUCCACCAAACCCAUCAUACAGUGAAUGUGUUCAGGAGUUGAAGAAUGCUAUUCUCAGAAAAACAUCUAAAUCUCGUAUAAUGACACUGUCAGAAUUUAAAACAAGUUUAAAUGAUUUAUGGAAUGCACUUCUUCAUGAAAACUUUGUGUUUAGCUUCAGAAACACUCUGGAGAUUGCAGUGUACAGGAAACUGGAAACUGAAUUUGGGAAAUGGACCUGGAAUCUGAGAAGCACCAUGUUGAGUACUGAAGACAAAUUACUCAAUAGAAUAUUGAAUGGAGACCCUCAAGUAACUGAAAAAGACCUCAUAGAAAAUAUGAAGAAGAAAAAAGAGGAAGUGAUGGAAUCAAUGAAACAAUACUUUGAAGAGGACAAGGACAAAGAAACUCUGAUUCAAUGGCGAAGCAGAUUCACUAACAAAAUUGAGGAACUUCAUGAUGAACUUGUCGGGGAAGCAAAAAAAAAGUUACAUGAAGUUCUUCAACAAAAGGAAACUAAAGAGAAGCUGGAGAAAAGAAAGAAAGAGUAUGAAAACAAGCUUUUUAAUCUGAGUAAAGAACUCGCUUUGAGGCUAAAAAAGGAAGAAUCAGAUGAACAUGCACUCAAGAAAGAAUUUGACAGUGUUUGGGAAAAAUGGGUCACUGAGCUCACGCAAAACACACCAAUGAUGAAAGACAUUAAUUUCUGGGAGGAUGUUAGACAAAUCCUGUCUGAAAGCUGUGAACUGUCUUUUUUGCAAGAGCAUUUUAGUCAGAAAACCUAUAAAAAACUAGGCAGUGUUGGAAAUUUCACUGAUUAUAUUAUUUUGAACAAAAAUGACAAGAAUUUAGAUGAGUGCAAACAACCAACAUGUUUUCAGAAGUUUCACAAUUUUGCCUCUUCACUGUAUAAUAGACUACAUGUACGUAUGACAGGCAAACAGACCGAACAACUUGAAAAUGAUUUAUGUGCAGAAGACAACAUGUCAAUAAGGAAACUGGUCAAUGACAUUGCUGAGCAAACAUCUGACUUACUCAAGGUAAUAGACAGUUCACAUCUGGGUUACAACAUUGGCCAAGUUCAGGAAAUAACAGGCUUUAUCCAAAAUGCUGUAAAAUCAUUUCAAAUUGAGAACCACAGAUUUGUGUUAAAGAAGGAGUUCACGCUGAAUCUGUGUCUGUAUGUAUGCCAACAUGCAGAGUCCACAUUUGUCGAAUGCCACAAACAAUUCACAAAAACAAAUGAUCCAAAACAUUAUCUGGAGAGUCAGAAACUGCAGUACUAUAAGGUCUACAGGAACUUCUGCCAAGAUGCUACAACCGCAACCAUAUUUGGUGAUCUUAUCUGCAGCAAACUUGAACAACCAAUCCUGCAAGCAGUCUACAAUCAAACUGCUAUUGAUGUGGCAGCAGAUAUGAAAGAUUCAAGCCGUGCAUUUAGCAGUAACAGAUCCAACUUGGAGAAGCAUAUCCUGAAAUCCCUUGCAGAAGAGGAGGACUUUGAGAAGUACAAAGUGUACAUUCACAAUCCCAAACAAUACUUCAGGACAUUUAUAGCAGAUCAGGCUGCCAAAUACCUCAACCGUGAAAACAAAAAGGUUCAGAUCAUUUUUAAAAACAAACUGAAAAAUAAAAAAACAAGAAUAACCAAUGCAGUGCAUGUAGCAACAGAGGAGGUCAAGAACAGUCAUGGAAAUACCAGCAUGUGGCUGAAAAGCUUCUCUUCUAAUCUAAUAGAUGAGCUGAACUUCACUGAAAUAUUGCGUGUUGAUCAGUUGGAAGUUACAGACUUUGAUUUUCUUAGUGAAAUUUUAAAUGAAGCUCUUUCAGAGACUGUAGAGUUACAUAGUGCAGACAUUAAAAUGGAAGCAUUCCAGAAAAGGUCAGUUGAGAUUUUGACUGAACAUCUGUCUCAGUGCUGCUGGGCACAGUGUCCUUUCUGUAAAGCCAUCUGCACUGGAACAAUGAAAGGCCAUGAUGGAGAGCACAGUGUUCCUUUCCAUCGAUCAGAUGGAAUCAAUGGGUGGCAUUACAGACAUACAGAGAAUCUUAGUUUUGAUUUCUGUACAACUGCAGUGCAGAGUGCUAAAUGUUUUCAUCCUAGAGUAGACUCAGAUGAGUCAGUGCCUUUCAAACAAUACAGAUCAGCAGGAGGAGUGUAUGCUAAGUGGAACAUCACCCCCGACUGCUCAGAGUUACCAUAUUGGAAGUGGUUUGUGUGCAAAUUCCAGAAGGACCUGGAAAACCUCUAUGGUAAAAAAUUCCAGGGCCUGGGGGAGAUUCCUGGUGAAUGGAAGACGUAUACUAAGGAGGAUGCUAUUGAGAGUUUGAACAGUUACAUUUAAGUAGGAAGAAAAGAUAUUUGUAUUAUUCUUAGAAAUGAAGACAAUCACAGUAAAAUAUCUGUGCAAUAUCAGCAAUAGUAAUCAAAAGACAAAUAAGUAGACAAUGAAAACAUAUAAAUAAGGACUUCUUGAACUUUUAAUCAGUUGCAUUGCAUUUUUUUUUCUCUCAGUUUUACGUUUGUAUGAAAAGUUAAUGAUUUUCAUGAUUCUGCAGGUAAGGACCCUUAAUAAGAUUUAAUUUAGUCCAAAUG